UCAUCACUAGAUAUAGAUGUAGAGAGAGAAACAAGAAACACAGAAAUAAAAUACCCACCUUUUUAAUUUUUUUGCUCCAAUUGUCAGAAUUUCUUGAUCGGAACAUAAUCAAGAAGAGGAAGAAAGCUUCGAUCGAUUCUUCCUUCCCUCCUUCAAUGGCGAUAACUCAGUAGUCAAAUUCCGACGCUUUCUUAGGGUUUGUCGAAUGCCACCUCAAAUUUCAUCCAUUCCAUAUUUCUAACCCCCUUUCUCUCUUCCUCGACGGAGUUUCGCUUUCGCAGGGUGAUAAUAAUAUGAAAUAUAUGUGAUGGUUAGGGUUAGGGCAUCAUCUGCUGCUCAUACGGUGAUGGAAGGUUCAGGGAGUAUCUCUGAUCCGCACAGAGGUGGAGGUGGAAAUAGUAAUAGUAGCAGCAGCUUGACUUCUUCUUCGAGGUGGUAUGGCAUGCUAUCGGCUUCUAGUAUUAUUCAAGCGCCCAUUUCUUCUUUGUUAGAGUAUUCUGGUCUUUUAAGAACGACUCGUUCGAAUCAUCAAGAAAAUGAGUCUUUGAUUCCUGGUGGUCUUGGUGGAGGGGGACAUGGUUCUAGUAGACUUGAUGAUUCGUCGGCUUCAGUGGUGCCUAAUAAUGGAGAGGUUUCCAUUAGGAUAAUUGGGGCGGGAGAGCAUGAGAGGGACGGUUCUGGUGGAUUGGUUGUUGGACAAGUAGGUGGGGCACAAAAUGAGGUGUUGGGACAGCAGCAAAUGAUGGGUGCGGAUGCUCUUCAGGGUGAUUUGAGGAGUGAUCGUGGAGGAGGAGAUGCAGCUGAUGGCGCUGGUGGUCAGCAGAGUUCAAGUGUGAGUGGGGAUGGGGAGGCUGCAGAUGAGGCUGGGGGUAAUGGAAGGGAUUCAACUUACCAGAGAUAUGAUAUUCAGCAAGUUGCUAGGUGGAUUGAGCAAGUGCUUCCUUUUUCCUUGCUUCUAUUGGUUGUCUUCAUUCGCCAGCAUUUGCAAGGAAUUGCAGGUUUCUUUGUUACAAUUGGAAUUGCUGUUGUCAUGUUCAAGUCUAAUGAUAUUCUACGAAAACAAACAGCUCUGAAGGGAGAGAGAAAAAUCUCUGUGCUGGUUGGCAUCUCACUCGCAUUCAUGGUCCAUGUGGUUGCUGUUUACUGGUGGUAUCAAAAUGAUGAUCUUCUGUACCCAUUAAUCAUGCUUCCUCCCAAGUCUAUUCCUCCUUUCUGGCAUGCCAUUUUCAUCAUCAUGGUGAAUGAUACUUUGGUCCGACAGGCAGCAAUGGCAUUCAAAUGUGUUCUGUUAAUUUAUUACAAGAACAGUAGAGGCCGAAAUUACCGCAGGCAGGGUCAAAUGCUUACUUUGGUUGAGUAUCUGAUUCUGCUGUACCGUGCCUUGUUGCCUGCACCAGUCUGGUACCGUUUCUUUUUAAACAAAGAAUAUGGGAGCCUCUUUUCAUCACUAAUGACUGGGUUGUAUCUAACUUUCAAGCUCACUUCUUUUGUUGAGAAGGUGCAAUCCUUCUUUUCUGCUUUGAAGGCGCUAUCACGUAAAGAGGUGCACUAUGGGGCACAUGCAACAUCAGAGCAGGUCAAUGCAGCAGGAGAUCUGUGUGCCAUAUGCCAGGAAAAGAUGCAUGCUCCUAUACUACUUCGAUGCAAACACAUCUUUUGUGAGGAUUGUGUAUCAGAAUGGUUUGAGAGGGAAAGGACAUGCCCCUUGUGCAGGGCUUUGGUCAAACCUGCAGAUCUCAGAUCAUUUGGUGAUGGUUCAACUAGUUUAUUAUUCCAGAUAUUCUAAAAGCAUCUACUGUAGAAACCAGGAGUUUUGCUGCUUGGGAGCUCUACACACAUACCCAAAGCUGCCUUUUUCUGAUCAUCAUCUCACCUAUACACGUAUACGUGGCUGUUUUUGGCUCUGGCUUGUUCAUUAGUUAGUUAACCAAGAAAAAUCAAACCAAAGAAAGUAGGUGGAACUUGAAUUGGCUGUCCAUUCGACUGUGUGUCGUGAAAGGAUGAGUGUAUCAAAUGGCCUUGAAGACCCAGUUCCUCAAAUGACUAACAAUAUAUGUAUCAUCCUCAUUUGCCUUGAAUGGAAAUUUUCUUUCAUUUUUUUGUCAUAAAACUGUACAUGCUUCUAUUCUCAAGGAAUGAAUGAGUGCCUUUGCAA